AUGAGUAUGCAAACCGCCGGCGACAUCCCGCUGCAGGUUACCUCCGAGAAUGCCUCCUCGGAACGCCGUAUUACGCCCUCAUGGACCAUUGGACAACUCAAGGCGAAGCUGGAGGCCGUCACAGGCAUCCCGCCUUUGUCGCAGAAGCUUGUAUUGAACCUCGGAAGCCAGCAAUCUGUGCCCAUGGAGGCUGCGGACGAGGAAAAUACCCAGUUGUGUGUCUUCCCUUUGGCGCCAUAUGCUGAGAUUCACUACGAACUCCCGCCCUCCAUCUACGAAACGAAAACCGACAGCGUGCUCGCCUGGAAAAAAGCCAACAAGCUCGGGCGAUUCGACCCCGACGCCCCCUCCCUCGAACAAGCCAAGCUCCUCGCGCUAGAAAACGAGAUCAAGGAGCGGGGUAUUGCGGUAGGCAAGAGAUGCAGAGUAGGGGGUGAAGAUGCGAAGAGGGGAGUGGUGAUGUAUGUAGGUGAUGUGGAGGAGAUCCCAGGCCAGACCGGAGCGUGGGUUGGUGUCAAGCUCGACGAGCCGGUGGGCAGGAACGACGGCAGUCUGAAGGGGAAGAGAUAUUGGGGCAAAGAGGGAGAUGCGAAGUUUGGGGUUUUCGUGAGGCCCGAGAGGAUUGAGAUUGGAGAGUGGCCUGUUAUAGAUGAUUUGGAAGAUAUGGAGGAGAUUUGA